AUGUUGAACAGUGUCUCUGAUCCACGUCGCCCGGAGUUUAUCAAGAGGUAUUCGACUCCCCAGGCUGUUGUGAGCGUAAACGGAGAAAAGAAAGAUGUGCCAGGGGAGGAUCUAACUCCAGACUAUAUGAAUGUUUUGGGAAUGAUAUUCUCUAUGUGUGCCUUGAUGCUGAGGAUUAAAUGGUGUUCCUGGAUUGCUGUCUACUGUUCCUGUGUUAGUUUUGCCAAUACCAAGUAUCUCAGCUGUUGUGAUGUCCUAUCUCCAGAACCCGUCACCGAUGCCUUUACCCUUCUCAACCUAGAACCAUGCAUUUACGUAUUUGACGUUGAUAUGAAGACGACCUCUACUUGA